GCAGGAAGUGAACGCAGCUGACCAAUCAGCUUCGCGGGAAACGGGACAUGCGCACUAGUGGCGGGAGAACUUGUAAACAUGGCGGACCUAAACAAGGAGGACACCGAAUCCACGCAGUACAACGAGAUAUUAACUCCGACAGAGCUGUUUGCAGCCCGAUCCAGGAGUCACAAGAUCCCGGUCAGAGGUCAGAAGGACUUCUUCCCCGAUGACUCGGAGGAGCAAAGGCAGCGGCUGGAGCAGAGUCUGACGGAGCACUGGAGCCUCGUGUCGGAGGAGAGGGUGGAGAAGCUAGGAAACCUGGUGAAGGCCACGUGGAUCCCAAGUGAGGGGAUCGUGGAGCUUCAGUCUCCAGCCGGCAAGUUUUGGCAGACAAUGGGCUUCUCCGCCUGCGGCAAGCAGCUGCUCCUCCCCGAGGAGGCUCUUUACCUGAUGGAGUGUGGGAACCUGCAGGUGUUCCACUUGGAGCUGCCGCUGUCCGUGCAGGACGGGUACGAGAGGUUCCUCUCACCGAGCACAGUGAGCCUCCUGCAGUACCAGGUGUUCGGGCAUUUGAAGAGGCUCGGCUUCGUGGUCCACCGGUUCGAUUCCAGUUGCCAGCCGUCGUCGUACGAGCGGCAGCUCAACCUGCCGCGGUCACGUGACCGAGCGGGAACCCGCCUGAAGAGGAAGCGCAGCGACAGCUCUGAAGCGUCGGACAGAAAGGACGAGGACAGAACUCCUCCGGAGACUUCCGGCGUCCGGCCCGCCGUCGAGGGUUCAGAGGGCAGAGGCGGGACCUGGUGGCUGACGGAUGUUCAUGGGGGCCAAUCGGAUCCCUCGCCGGCCUCUGGCUCCUCCCACUGGGACUUCAGCUCCAUCCUUUUCCCCGACGUGGGCUCCAGGGAGCGCCAGCCCGGCCGCCUGCCGUCCCCGGACCCGUCCCUGCUGCCCGCGUCUUUGGCCGUGGGCGUUUGUGACGUCGCCCCCUGGAGGCGGAGGAUCAACCUGAGGGAGGUGAAGACGUCCCCGAAGGAGCAGAAGAGGGAGGAGCAGCGGCGGGGAGUCAACAAGGACAGGGAGGUUCGGCGGUGCAGAAACUGGACGGAGUAUCGGGCGCUCCUGGCGAGGAGGCGGGGGAGGCGUUCCGGACGACCAGCGCACCUGUGGGACGGAGACGUCACUCCUUUACACGACCCGGGACAAGCGAUCCCUACAGGGGAGCUGCUGGAUAAAAUCAGUGUGAUCAAAUCUACACAUUUACUGGAGGGAGCGUCCAGGUUGAAAGACUCGGGCGAGUGGAGGAUUUGCUUCAACGUUUACCAACCCGACUCGGUCGCCGACUUCAGGAAGAGCGACCCGGGGAAACCCUACUCACGCGUGUGCGUGUGCAGCUUUGGCGGCCCGGUGCCCGACCUGCGAGCCCUGAAGACGCUGGCGCUUCAGAGCGGAGACGUCUCGCUGGUCUUCGCCGUGGUGGACCACGGAGACAUCUCCUUCUACACCUUCAAAGACUUCACGCUGCCCACCGACGUUUUCCCCUGAGUCCUCGCCGCCGCCGCGCGGGUCCAUCGACCUCCUGAAGGGACCCGUCGGCUUUCACGUUCUUCUUCGUCUCGGGAGGCUUCUGUCGCUCAUCGCUCUCUAUCUUUUUGAUCAUCCUUUACUUGAACUCUUUUUAAGCUUUGAAGGAAAAGCUGCUAUUGAGUUUUAUGUUUUCAGGUGAGAAAGUAAAGUAAACUUGUAGGUGAGCAGUUAAUAAAAGUAUUCCGCCAUUUUGAGAUUUUGCUGCGUUCUUUGGAGCUGUUGAUAAGCUUCCAGCCGAGUCACUUAUUCUCAGUUUGUGUAAUUAGUUCUCUGCCAGAAGGGACACACACUACUAAUAAUACUAAUAAUAUAUUAAAUGCAGGCACAUUAAUUUGAAAAAAAGCUAAAAGCUAUGUGGUUGCUAUUAUACGGCUAAUUCACCGGCGUUCGCGUCCUUUUACCGACUCUGGGAAACGCGAUGCAACUUUUAUCAAUAAAACCGCAUUUAGCUUGAAAGGUGGGAAGUUACGCUUUAGCUUAACACCAUUAAACAAAUUGUGUCACUUAAAUUGUUCUUAUAACGUCUCUUAUCUACAGCAGGUUGUAAAUCGGCUUAUUUAAUAAAGUUGCACUUUCUUGUU